CACUCUCCCAACCUCCCAACCUCCAAAUUGAAAACCACUAAGUCCAAUUUUUUUUGUCUCUAUUGCCUUCCUGCCACCCUUUAAACCCAACCCUCGUCCUCCUCCCUCCUCUCAUCUCCUCUUCUUUCUCUUCCACAUUCCCAAAUAAAAAGAGCACCCUACCCAAAACUUAAAGGCUGGUUUUCCAUAUCAGAGCCAUGGGAGGAGGCAAUGGGCAGAAGGCCAAGACGGCACGCGAAAGGAACAUGGAGAAGCAAAAAGCCGCCAAGGGAAGCCAGCUUGAGGCCAACAAGAAGGCCAUGAACAUCCAGUGCAAGGUGUGCAUGCAGACAUUUAUAUGUACCACAUCAGAGGUGAAGUGCCGGGAACAUGCUGAAGCAAAGCACCCUAAGGCUGAUGUUUAUUCUUGUUUCCCACAUGUUAAAAAGUGAUCCUUAAAACUGCAAAACUUGCAGACUGGGACUGGCUUUAGAAUGUAUAUGUAUCUUGCUACUCUGGCUUUAGGAUGGCUUUAGUUAAUGAAGUUGUCUAUUCAACCAUCCAAUAUGCCCAAAAGAAAAAGGUCUGUUAAAGAAUAAAGAAAAUGGUGUUGAGUUGAAUUUUGAAUGUUAAAUUACUAGGCACAGAUCAAUUUAGAUAUCUGGAUGGGAGCAUGCAUCUCAUAAAUCCACUGUAUUUUCAUUAAAAAUAUAUGAUUUGGCUAAAGCUUAUUUGUCUUGCACAAAGUUGCUCUGAUCUAUGAGUAAUCUUUUGUGU